AUGGAGACCGAAGGAUUCACUAUCAAAUCAAGGAGCCCCAAAGCGCAGAUCAUCGGCCCACCUACCGCUGGCGCCUUCAAAAAACGACAGAGCGGUCCCACCUCUUUCCGAAAAUUUUAUGAGCGAGGAGAUUUCCCCAUCGCCCUUGAGCACGAUACAAAAGGAAAUCGAAUCGCAUGGAAAGUAGAGAUCGAGAAGCUUGACUAUCACCAUUAUUUGCCACUCUUUUUCGAUGGCUUAUGCGAAACAACGCACCCAUAUGAAUUCUUUGCUAGACAAGGAGUUCAUGAUAUGCUCGAGCAUGGUGGAUCGAAAAUUCUUCCAGUUAUUCCCCAGCUGAUCAUUCCGAUUAAAAACGCUCUGAACACGCGAUGCCGACCGACCAUCUGCACGACACUGAAGGUCCUCCAGCACCUCGUCAUCUCUGCCGAUAUCGUUGGCGAAGCUUUGGUUCCCUACUACCGCCAGAUUCUCCCCAUCCUGAACAUUUUCAAAAACAUGAACCUCAACAGCGGCGACGGAAUCGACUACUCGCAGCAAAAGCGGGAGAACAUCGGAGAAUUGAUCCAAGAGACCCUCGAGGCGUUCGAGAAGCACGGUGGUCCAGAUGCAUUCAUCAAUAUCAAGUACAUGGUGCCUACUUAUGAGUCUUGCCUGCUAAACUAA